CUCCCUUAGUUCCUCUGCGAAACUGAAAGGGCAUUGAUGGCCAGCGGUAUUUGACGACUAUUUGGUAACCCAUAAUUUCGUGGAGUUGGUGACAAAAUUGUGAAUCUGCGGAAGGGAAUCAAAUCAAAAGUUCAUUUUAAUCGAUAAAAUUUCCACUGAAUGGGACAACUUUCAAACCAGGCCCCGAUAGUUCGUCGUUGCAGAGAGAACAGAGAAGGUCACUUUUUUAGGGAACCGAAAUGAAAACAUGGCGUCAGCAUGUAGGGUUUUAUUAUCAGUGAGGAAGAGGUGCGCUCGAAGGUUUAACUUUCUAGCACUUCUUCCUUCAAGCUCUCACCAAUUGAAUUUCCACAAUGAAUCAAGUUCAAAUCCCUCGCUUAUCAAAUUGCUUCGGGUAUCCGAUUCGCGCCUUAAACCUACGCUGGAUCAGGAAUUUCGUUCCCUUAAAAGCUCCGAAAUUUCUUGGGAAUCUCUGGCUACCUGUCUAAGGCCUUCUUCUCCUGAGAAAGUUCAGCUGGUAUUGGAAUGGGUUUUGGAGAAAUUGCUGAAUGAAAAUGAGAGAAAUCACAAUGUCUUCUCCGAAUACAUAUUUCUUUGCGGCAAGCUUCAGAAUGUGCCACUUGCAAUGCAAGCGUUUGCUUCUAUGGAGGCUAAUGGACAUUUUCAAUGUCAGGGAACGUUGAUGCCAUGUUAGCUUGGUACUCAGCUAAAAAAGCUGCUGGAAUCGGUCCUGAUCUUCAAACAUUUGAAUCCCUUAUAUCAGGUUGUAUCAAAUCAAGAAAUUUUGAACUUGCUGAUAGAAUUUACGAAGAAAUGAUGUCAUCAGGAAUUAUACCUAGUAUAUCCAUUCUGGAAAAUAUGCUUGAAGGGCUUUGCAAACAAAAGAGUUUGAGUCGAGCCGAGGAGUUCUUGAAGUUUGUGGCAAGUGUGAGAUGGGAGAUCAAUGAAAACAUGACUGAUAAAUUAAUAGCACUGUAUCAAGAAAUUGGGCAAGUGGAAAAGAUGGAGGAGCUGCUUGAAACUAUGAUGAAGUCCCAUCCUAUUACUGAUGGAGUACUCUCCCGAAUUCAUUGUGGGAUUAUACGGAUGUAUGCCAAACUGGAUAGAUUGGACGAUGUAGAGUUUGCCGUGGGAAGAAUGUUGAAACAAGGGCUCUCAUUCACAAGAACAGAUGAUGUUGAAAAGGUUAUCUGCUCAUACUUUAGAAGAGAAGCUUAUGAUAGGCUAGACAUAUUCUUGGAAUGUAUAGAGACUAGUUAUCCGCUCAGCAGAUCCACUUGCGAUUUGUUGAUAUCUGGCUACAGAAGAGCUGGAUUACGCGAAAAAGUAGAUUCAAUGAUGGAAGCCAUGAAAUCUGCUGGGGUUAUGUAGCACCUGUUGUGGGUGUCCAAACAAAAAUGCUUCAUUCUGGAUUUGUAAGCAGACAAUUGGU